ACUAAGCUAAUAAGAGGUUACAAAAACUCCAAGCUUAGCCAUGGAAAGUGGUGUUGUGGCAGUGAACCAUGAAUCAAAAGCAACUUCAACCAUCACCAUUAAGGGUAUUCUCAGCCUUCUAAUGGAAAGCAUUGAUGACAAACAUGAUGAUAGCAAGAGAGUUAUAUCUUUGGGCAUGGGUGACCCAACACUUGCCACGUGCUUCCACACCCCAAAGGUUGCUGAAGAAGCUGUUGUUGAAGUUCUUCAAACUCACAAGUUUCAUGGCUAUGCUCCCACUCCUGGUCUUCUUCAGGCCAGAAAAGCAAUUGCUGAAUAUCUGUCUCGUGAUCUCCCUUACCAGUUAUCAACUGAUGAUGUUUUUAUCACUUGUGGAUGCACACAAGCUAUUGAUGUUUCAGUGGCGAUGCUUGCUCGCCCCGGUGCAAACAUCUUGCUUCCAAGACCUGGCUUCCCAAUCUAUGAACUUUGUGCUGCAUUUAGACAAGUUGAAGUGAGGCACUAUGAUUUGCUACCAGAGAAAGGUUGGGAGGUUGAUUUGGAUGCUGUUGAAGCUCUUGCAGAUCAGAACACAGUUGCAUUGGUGAUUAUAAACCCAGGGAAUCCUUGUGGAAAUGUAUACAGUUACAAUCAUUUGGAGAAGAUUGCAACAACUGCAAAAACGCUUGGAACUAUUGUAAUUGCUGAUGAAGUUUAUGGUCACCUUGCAUUUGGUGCCAAUCCUUUUGUUCCAAUGGGAGUUUUUGGCUCUAUUGUUCCUGUUCUCACUCUUGGCUCCCUGUCAAAGAGAUGGAUAGUUCCUGGAUGGAGGCUUGGUUGGUUUGUGACAAAUGAUCCAUGUGGCACUUUUAGAAAACCCAAGGUAGUUGAGCGCAUUAAAAAGUACUUUGAUCUUUUGGGAGGUCCGGCCACUUUCAUCCAGGCGGCUGUGCCUCGUAUAAUUUCGCAGACAGAAGAGGUUUUCUUCGAGAAAACCAUUGACAAUUUGAAGCAUACCUCAGAUUUAUGUUGUAAAGAGAUAGAGGAUAUUCCAUGCAUAUUUUGCCCUUGCAAACCAGAAGGGUCCAUGGCUAUGAUGGUGAAACUAAACAUUUCCCUUCUGGAAGAUAUUAGCGAUGAUAUUGAUUUCUGUUUCAAACUUGCAAAGGAGGAAUCUGUUAUCAUUCUUCCAGGAACUGCUGUAGGGCUAAAAGAUUGGCUCCGUAUUACUUUUGCUGCUGAUCCAUCUGCUCUUCGAGAGGGUAUGAAAAGGAUAAAAUCUUUCUGUCAGAGGCAUGCCAGAAAAUUGUAAAAACAAUAGUGAAUCCUCAAAUAAAAUGUCUACUAAACGUGAUGACCCUUGACUCUGUCUCCUGCAAAAGAAGUUAUCUUCUCAUCACUACUACACAAGAAUUACAUAUUAACUUGUAUUUCAAUACAGCAUACAGUGCCAUUAGAAAUGGACUAUUUAACUGGACAUUGCAACAUUGUUACAGAUGUAAUCCUCUUCACAGUGAAACACCAUCUUAAUUCAAAUACUAUUAGGGGCAUGUUCAGUUUUUUUAAUCAAUGAAAAUUUAUUUAUAUGGAUCAUCAA